AUGACCUUGGAAAUUUUUUUAGUCUACCAACAAGCUUCUGCAGCUGCUCGCAGACUUCUAAAUAAUAAGAAACGUCUUGGUUGGCAUAAGUUCUGUGAGAGCAUGUGCCCUGGUACCCCUUCGUCUGUUGUUUGGAGGCAGAUCAGAAGAUUCCGUUGUUCCCUCAAUUCUUAUGAUGUCCCAUUUAAUGAUCCGUCUAGCUGGAUUACCUCCUUUGCCGACAAAUUGGCUCCUCCAUCAGUCCCUUUUAUGAUUGUCUUCCUUAUAAGUAUAAUUCUUACAUCCCCUCUUCAAACAGUCUAG